AUGGCCAUGGCGACAUCGGGCGCACAAGUUAAACGACCGUCUUCAUCACUCGAUCAGAACCACCCGAAGCGGAUAAAGCGUCACUACCAUCACCAUCAUCGUUUACAGGAGCCGGUGGUCCUCCCAUCCACGUCCGAGCCAGUCGUGCAAGAUGACACCCACCUCGACCAAUUGAUGAAUCGUGCAAUCGGCCAGACUUUGAAGGACUCAGGGUUUGAGUUGGCCGAUCCAGCCGCACUGUCGAGUCUCUGCAGUGCUACUGAGGAGUACAUGCUACGGCUCUCCACAUUCAUCCGUCAGUCUAUGCUAUCUGCGCGACGCGUCCAACCAAUCCCGCAAGAUUUCGACCACGCCAUGAAGCGUUUCCGCCUUAAUCCCGAUGAUCUUCUCCCUCAUCUCAAAUCAGCCCUCCCAAAAAAACCCACGCCGACAUUAUUACCAUCUCCCCCACCAGAGAAUGAAAUAUCCAAAUCUCUCCCAUUUCUCACGGCGCUGAGCAGUGAAGACGACCGCGCAAAUCGUCCCUACAUCCCCAAACAUUUCCCGAGCUUCCCUAGCAAACACACCUAUUCUGCCACCGCAGUUUUCAUCGGACGAGACAACGACCCGCGCAAGAUUAGGGAACGCGCCGCAGAGGAUGGACGGCAUGGCGAGGAAGCUUUGCGCAAGUUAGCGAGCGCCGCAUUCCGCGACAACCAGACGGGCUCGACUGGCCGCGAUAAGAAACUCUGGGGUCGGAGAACGGACAGUAUGGAAAGCAUGUUUGAAAAGACGAUCAAGGGACUAUCUAAAAAGCACAAGGACUCUCACGGCACAUUCACCAGCUCAGCCAUGGAUAUUGAUUCGGGACACCCGGCGGAUGCCGACACCAAGUCCCGGCUCAAGCUCUCAUGGAAUAUGGAGUUGGGCCCCAUUGUCAACUGUGAGCGAGAUCUCUGGCGCCGGACAAGCUCGAAUGCACGGAGAGGAGAGGAAAAGACCUCAAAGCCUCCAGCAAGUGUCGAACCAGCGGAUGUCAUGAUUGACAUGUAA